ACCGAGAUUAUUCCAAUUUGGGGUUUAGAUAUUUUCAGCUUGAUUUUGUGUUUCUAAAUCAAUUCUUCGUCUCUCCCAUCGCUUUUUAUCCACUGCAAUUCCAAUUCUGGCCUCAAAUGACCCAUUGAGUUUCGUCUCUCUCCACCUCUCUGUAAUUAAUGGCGGCGACGAACGCCCCCAUCUUUGCAUCCUCCUUGAAGACUUCUCUCGCCAUUCGAACCCAACGCAGAGGAGAAUCGUGCCCACAAUCUGCUGGAACUCACGGUUCUAAUUUUUUCGGUUUGUCGGUACCGAGAUGCCUCGGGAAGGAUAAGGAUGUUAAGUUUAGGAUUAUGAGGAAAGUGAAUGCUGCUGUGGCUGUUGAAGCCUCUCCAACAGAGGAAAUGAAGGAGAUCAAGCUUCCAUCUUGGGCUUUGUUUGAACUCGGAAAGUCCCCGGUGUACUGGAAAACUGUGAAUGGUCUACCUCCUGCUUCAGGUGAGAAGCUCAAGCUUUUCUAUAAUCCAGCUGCGACAAAUCUGGUUCCGAAUGAAGAUUUCGGGAUUGCUUUUAACGGAGGUUUCAAUCAGCCAAUAAUGUGCGGCGGGGAACCGAGGGCAAUGCUCAGGAAAGAUCGAGGCAAAGCCGAUAGACCAAUAUACACCAUCCAAAUAUGCGUUCCGAAGCAUGCUGUAAACUUGAUCUUCUCGUUCACGAACGGAGUCGACUGGGAUGGUCCUUACAGGCUUCAGUUUCAGGUUCCCAAGCCUUGGCAAAACAAACCUAUUGACUUUUUCAAUCAGGGUCUAGCGGAAGAGUUGAGCAAAGAUGGCGCUUGCGACAGAGCAAUAUUUCCAGACACCAACAUUGUUAUCACGAGAUGUGCUAUGAUUGGUAAUCUUACUGUAGAAGGGGGUGACCGUUGCGAACUCAAUCUUGUACUAGGCUGCACGGAUCCUAGCUCGCAUUUAUUCAACCCGCUCGCCAAUGUAGAUGAUGGAUCUUGCCCAAUUGAUACCGAUACAGAGAGCUAGUUCUAUUUCACAUGCCCAUUUUUCUCGCAUCUCAUACUACGUCCUAUUCGAGUCAAUACGAGGCAUUGCAAAGGCUUCUCUGCAUGUGAAAGGAAUCGUGUUGGAUAGCGGUUUCUAUGUUGUUUUAGCCAAGCUUAGUCCAUCCAUCAAGCAGGAUGCACUGUUGCAUCUGCUUUUGGUAGAUACAAUAUCCCUCUAGCUAUGUAUAGUUAUAAAGAAAACCUCCAUUGUUACAUAAAUUAAUUGUUAUUACUGCCAAAUUGCCAAUACAUAGCUACAAAAUUGUUAGUGGCUUUUGUA